AUGGCGACGAAAGCUGCUUAUAAACGGCUCACUCGCGAAUACCAAAACAUCCAAAAAGACCCUACACCAUUUAUUGUCACUCAUCCAUCAGAGACUAAUAUCCUCGAGUGGCACUACAUUCUCACUGGACCGCCGGGCACUCCUUAUGAAAAUGGACAGUACUGGGGUACAUUGAUAUUCCCUCCAGAAUACCCUUUCGCUCCUCCCGCUAUUCGUAUGCACACGCCAAGUGGCCGGUUCCAGCCUUCAACUCGACUCUGUCUCAGCAUUAGUGACUUCCAUCCCAAGUCUUUCAACCCUGCUUGGGAGGUCUCAACUAUCUUGAUCGGUCUUCUCUCUUUCAUGACCAGUGAAGAAAUGACCACGGGAAGUGUCAGCGCCUCGGAAAGUGAGCGCAGAGUCCUCGCAGCGCGGUCCCGGUGGUGGAACUCAACUGGAGGAGGUUCGCAUGUCACCGCCACUGCAGGCGUUACUCGAACCUCGAAGGGUAUCAAUAAUGUCAAGGCUGGAGAUGGAGGUUUGAAGUUCCGCACAGAAUGGCCUGAAGUCGAUCAAGAAAACUGGGCCUGGAUGAAAGAGCAUCGCAUCGAUUCCGCCACCGGCCAGAUCCUGCCGGAUCCUGAUGCGCCCACUAAGUGCUCCCCUGAAACAAGUGCUUUACGUCGACGACCAAACGGUAGUGCUCCUGGGAUUGGUGUUGUCAUGGACGGUGGACAUGUUGCGAGAGAGGCCGGUCAAGGCUGGGCUUCACGACAUCGAAUCUGGAUCGGCGUGGCUCUCUUCUUUGGCUAUGCACUGAUCUCACGAUUAUUAAACGAUAUGCGGACAUGA